AGUAUCAGACAGUCUUUCGUGGCCUUUCGAACCACGUCGCCGUAAAAAUAAACAUUUAAUAAAGUGUGUGAAUAUAUUAUAUUCUUCCAACAUUGCAUAUUUCUAAAGCAUUAAUUUGCUGCAGUUCAUUUUUAAAACGAUAUAUAGUUUUUCAAUUAACAUUCUGCUUCGAAUUAUUCGUGUGUUUUGCAGACCUAAAAUAAAUUAUUCGACACGAUGAUAUUUCUACUAUUAAUUAGCGGAAUAAUGUAUAUCGUUGGAACGGCUUCUACUCUUAAUCAAUCGUCUUUAUGCUAUCAACCAUCAAAAUAUAUAAAAUCAAAUCAUUACGAUAUCAAGUUUAUAUCAUAUAUUGAAAAAUACAUUUUUUAUGGAGAAUACAAUAUUAGCAUAAGCAUUCUUAACCAAACGCAAAAUAUAUUAAUUAACAACAUAAAUUCAGAAAAAUUAUAUUUUGAAAAUAUAGUUUUAAUUAAAAAUCUAGAAAAACAUCAUGAGAAUAAUAAGUAUACAGUUUAUAAACCGACAUAUGAUAUUCAAGAAGACAUAAUUGACCUUUCUUUUAAGGAUAAGUUAUUACCAGGAAAUUACACUUUAUAUAUUAAAUAUUUUGGUUUUACUGAUGAAGUCUUUAGAAUUUUCGAAGUAAAAAAAAAAACUGCUUUCGUAGCUGCUACUCAUUUGCAUAUAAUAGGCACCCGACAAAUGUCAUCGUGUUGGGAUCAACAGUAUUUAUUCUUAGGAGCAACCUUUAACAUAUCUAUAGGAUGUAAUCAAUGCACGGCUUUGUCAAAUAUGCCAUUGCAAAAUACAGAAAAAAACAAGCACAAUAUAUUAUUGAAACGCUUCCAUACCACACCUGCAAUGUCGCCGUAUCUUGCAACAAUAAUUGUAUCCAAUUACCUAUCAUGUGUUGAUAAUUAUACUCAAAACAUUAAAAUGUGGUGCAGAAACGAAUCUGUAUUUCACAUGGAAUUUGCAAAAAAUGUAGCUGAAGAAAUCACGUUUUUGUUCAAAAAUACAUGGAAACAACAUUCGAACAAUAUUUCGAAAGUGACUCAUGUUGUAAUGCCAAAUUUCCCUGAUAAUGGCAUUAUAGUUUUCGGACUUGUUUUUUAUAACGAAAUGGAUAUUGUUUACGAUAAAAAUUUGUAUCCUGUUGUUCACAAAAUUGAAGUAACUAGAUUAGUAGGACAUAAAGUGAUACAGCAAUGGUUUUAUAAUUUGAACAAUCCGUUUCGAUCGGCUUUUUGGUUCAAUAAAGGUCUUACUACAUUGCUUGCAACGAAUACUGUCAAUGAGAUGUAUCAAGAUAAUCGAAUAAUACAUUUAUUUGUUGUUCAAAAUCAACAUACUUCUUUUUAUUUUGAUGAUUAUCGUAUGUGGGAUUCUACUUUACAAGAUGACAGUUUCUUGAAAAUUCGCCAAUCCAUCAGAGCACCCUGUAUACUGCGCAUGAUGCAACACGCCGUAACCAAAGAAAUAUUUUGGAAAGGCAUUCGAUCAUAUGCAAAUAGCAACCAAUUUCAUCGUCAAAGUUUUAUGACUUUUUUGGAAGAAAUUGUUGCUGAUGCAAAUAAGCUAGAUCAACUUCAAUUAUCAUUACAAACAAUGGCAAAUUGGACUUUAGAAGAGCAUUGUCCUCUCAUCAAAGUAGAACGAAAUUAUGGUCUUUUGGGAAAGACGAAAAUAUAUUUAUCGAUACAAAAUCCCGACACAUUAAAAAUUGAUUGCUUACCUGUAACUUAUACUAUUCAGACGGUUCCCGAUUUUAACAGUCUUGAUCACCGCGCGCUAUGCAAAUCACAAGAUGAUGUUAUUUCAUUUUCAAUAGAAGAGGAUGGUUGGGUUAUAAUCAAUUUACAACAAAUUGGAUAUUACCGCGUUAACUAUGAUGAUGAGAAUUGGCGAAGAAUUUCAGAUUAUCUAUACUAUGAUGAUUUUACGACAAUUCAUGUUCUUAAUCGUGCCCAAAUUAUCGAUGAUGCAUUUCAUUUAAUGAUAGCAGGCCAACUCAAAGUCUCUAUAUUCUGGCAUAUCACAUCGUAUUUGUUUCGAGAAGAAGAUUAUAUCGCAUGGUAUCCUAUGAUUAAAGCUCUGGAAUACAUGUUUAGUACUUUUCCAGUGGAAGAAACAACUGAAAAAUUUGCGGAUAGAAUAGAUAAGCUAAAAUUCAUAUUAAGCAACUUACUUGCAAGAAUCAAAUAUGAAGAAAUUGAUGAUGCAGACGAACUUAGAAUAUGUUUACGACAAGAAGCUGCAAAAUGGGCAUGUUUUUUCGGUGACAUCACUUGUAUGGAAGAAGCCAACAAUAAAUUAAAACAACAUCUCCACGAUUCUAUAAAACACAGACUUUUGCCAUGGUGGAAGACAUGGACAUAUUGUAGAGGUUUGAUGAUAACUACGAAAAAUGUGUCCACUUUUGGAAUAGUGUAUAAAAGAGGAUUCGAAACAACUGACAUUAAAUUUUCAGAAUACUUGGCUUGCAUUGAAGAUACUGAUUUCAUCAUACAUUAUUUAAGUUAUAAACAUGUCACUUAUACAAAACAGGAAGAUCAAUUUCUCGCUAACACUUUCUUACAUUUUAUUACGAAGCAUGCGAAGAAUCCAAUUAUAUUGACGUAUAUAUUAGAUAAUUUUCACGAAAUAAAACCAAAACAUGUUAAUAUAAUUGCAGCAUUAAUUAUUAUGAUUAAUAACGUAUAUUCCAAAAAUUUAGCUCUGGCAAUAGAGAUAUACUCUGAAAGUAUUGUAAAAGCUAACGUAACUGACGUGAACACAGAAGAUCAAUUUAAAGAACAUCGAAUAAAAGAAAUGAGUGACCGUGUGAUAGAUACGGAUGAGUUAUAUAUCGGAAUUAUAAACCAGAUUUAUAUUCGCAAGGAACAAAUUAAAAGACAGAGACAGUAUUUUGAAAGUUUCUUCUUCUAAUUGAUGGAUGUAAAAAAAAUUACAGCUUUUUAUACGAGGACGUACUUUAUAUGAAUAAUU